AUGAAACUGAGGCCAGCCAAGUGUGGCGCUUUGCUCAAAGGCAAGGAUGUCAUGGAAGUAGAAAACGUAGAGCAUCUGAGCCUCAGCCUCAACUGCCAGCUUGCGAGCGGCGCCCGUCAGUCCCGCCUCCAUGGAUCCGCCCGGGGGCACCUACUGCUGAGAAACGAAUGCUUGCGGGUCCCUGAGCCCGGGUGCACCCGGCCGCCGCCCCGAGAGUCCCGCGGGCCGGGCCGCCUGCCCACAGCGCUCGCCGUCGGGCGAGGGCUCCGCCGCCGCCACGCCCCGCGCCCGCGCCCCAGCCGCCCCAUGCUGGUGCACACUUACUCCGCCAUGGAGCGCCCCGACGGGCUGGGCGCAGCGGGCCCCCGUGAACCUCUUUCGGUUCUGCCGGAAACCUCCUUUACACGAGGCCUUCCCUUUUGUCACACGCCGCCCCAGCCCGGUUUUCAGCCACCCUUCUUCCCGCCGCCCUACCCGCAACCGCCGCUGCCCUACGGCCAAGCGCCCGACGACGCGCCGCGGUUUCCUCACCUGGCCGAAAACCAUACGGCGGCCCGGCCGCCGUGGGCAACCGCAGCCCCCGCAACCCCCCUUGGGGCGCGGCCCCGCGCCACCGCCCGCGCCCACGAUGAGCCGCCCGGCUUGCUGGCGCCGCCUGCCCGGGCCCUGGGCCUCGACCCGCGCCGCGACUACGCCGCCGCUGUGCCCAGGCUCCUGCACGGCCUGGCCGACGGCGCGCACGGCCUGGCUGACGCGCCCCUCGGCCUUCCGGGGCUGGCAGCUCCGCCUGGCCUGGAGGACCUGCAGGCCGUGGACGAGCCGGGAAUGAGCCUCCUGGACCAGUCGGUGAUCAAAAAAGUCCCCAUUCCCUCCAAAGCCAGCAGCCUUUCGGCCAUCUCACUGGCCAAAGACAGCCUGGUUGGCGGCAUCACCAACCCCAGUGAGGUCUUCUGCUCCGUGCCUGGUCGGCUCUCGCUGCUCAGCUCGACGUCCAAGUACAAGGUGACGGUGGGGGAGGUGCAGCGGCGACUCUCACCUCCCGAGUGCCUCAACGCUUCCCUCCUGGGAGGUGUCCUCCGCAGGGCCAAGUCCAAGAAUGGGGGCCGGUGCCUGCGGGAACAGCUAGAGAAGAUUGGGCUCAACCUGCCUGCUGGCCGUCGCAAGGCUGCCAACGUGACCUUGCUUACCUCGUUGGUAGAAGGAGAGGCUGUGCACCUGGCCCGAGACUUCAGCUACGUCUGUGAGACGGAGUUCCCAGCCAAGGCAGCCGCUGAGUACCUGUGCCGACAGCAUGCCGACCCCGGGGGACUGCACAGCCGCAAGAGCAUGCUGCUGGCUGCCAAGCAGAUCUGCAAGGAGUUUGCAGACUUGAUGGCACAGGACCGCUCACCAUUGGGCAACAGCCACCCAGCACUCAUCCUGGAACCCGGAGUCCAGAGCUGCCUGACCCACUUUAGCCUCAUCACCCACGGCUUUGGCGGGCCCGCCAUCUGUGCUGCCCUAACUGCCUUCCAGAACUACUUGCUGGAGUCACUCAAGGGGCUGGACAAGAUGUUUCUAAGCAGUGCGAGCAGUGGGCAGGGUGAAAGCAAGGCUUCGGAGAAGGACGCCAAGCAUCGGAAAUAACCGCUUUCCCUGCCCCAUCCCUAGGGGGCUCCCAAGGCCAGAAAAGAGUCUCAGCUCCUGAGGGUGGACCUGAAAAGACUAAAAGGUGGGAUUCAAGUCAGGCAUUCGUCCACAGAGUCAGAGAUCUGUGCUGGAUCAAGGGAGGGUGGCCUCUGUCGGCAUUUCUUGCUAAGUUAAGGCCCAGGUGUCUAUCUCAUGUGUGCAAUUUUCUCUCCCUUGAUGGCUGAGAAGGGCUUGGACAAGAAAUUGUGAAAACUCUGGCUCCCGGAGCAGAGUCCUUCCCACUGGGAUGCCUGCGCAGCAGUGGGUACGCCUAGGGGCUGACACCUUCCUGUUUUUUAUUGAUGGCAGGAGGGAGCUGUUAACAAAACAGAGGUGCUGAGGAGCUGGCGCCCCUUCUCCCAGAAUCUCCUACCCACAGAAAAUGGUGCUGGCAGGAGAGCCCAGUGGGCUUUUUGGGCCUUUCCCACAUGUGGAGAAAAGCAGGCAGGAGGGGCCCUCAAGGAACAAAGAACAUAAAGCACAAAUUGCAGAACCUGAAUCCAGGCUGCUCAUCUUGGUACUACUGCUGUCUGUCCUAUUUAUUUAUGUAUGUUGUCAUUAAAUUUGAAAGUUUAAAGAUGUCCAGUGCGACUUAUUUAUCACAGUCAGUGGGGACUUAUUUCACUGUUUUUGGCUGGACCAGGAGGGAGGGGGUGCUUUUGCUUGCAGAGGCGUUGGGGUGGCCCUGGAAGGAUGAUGGGUGUGUCAGGUACCCAAAGACUGUCACUAGGGGUGUGUCAGGCACCCCGAGGCUGUCACUGGGAUUUUGUAUUUGCUGUGGUUUCUCUUGCCCUGCAGGUGAUGUGCCUCCCUAGCUCUCAUGUCGCUUUCUCGUUCUCUUAAUAAAACUUUUUCAUAUGGA